UUGUCAGAAGAUGCUAUAAGUAGCUGCUGGUGGGACUGCUGAUGUUAUAACCUGAAAAUAACUCCGAGACUCAAGCGAAGUGCUUUUGUCUUUCGGAUCAUAAUUUAUAUAAUCACCUGAACACGGAGCGAAGUUUCAGAGCCUAGUUUAAGCAGUGGGAUGGAGUGGUUUGGAGGCGGCCCGUUUCACUCUGAACAGGACCUAAAUGAAAACAUGACCCGCACACACCCACACGAGUCCGCUGCGGAGUGCAUGGCGUCUCUGUGCCAGCGUCAGCAGCACUGUGUGAAGGCCUCCAUCAGGUCGCAGUGGCAGCUGGCAGAGGCGCAGAACCAGCUGUGCGGUCUGGAGAUUCACAGCUCAGAAUCUGUGGAACAGGAGCGCGCUCAAGCCCUUGCCUCCUCCACUGAACUCUCACAGACCGAACAGGAGUGGAGACAUAAAGAAAGUAUGAUGGGAAGUGGUCCAGUACUGUGUCCAGAUUCCAGCCACGAUGUGUUCGACAAGAGUAUCAUAAACAAUUCACAGGCUUGGCCUAAUGAAACGGAUCAUGAUAAAAGCUUAACCAGCGUCCAGUGUAAUGAAGCGCUCUUGAAAUAUUUUGGCAUGUUGAGAAGGUGGGAUGAUAGUCAGCGCUUUUUAUCGGAGUACCACCAUCUCAUAUGUGAAGAAACAGCCAAUUACUUGAUCCUGUGGUGCUUCCGACUACAGGCAGAGCAAAAAGAGGCCUUAAUGGAGCAGGUGGCUCAUCAGGCGGUCGUCAUGCAGUUCAUCCUGGAGAUGGCUCGAAAUGCACAGCAGGAUCCACGAGGCUGCUUCCGUCAGUUCUUUCAGAAAGCCAAAGCAGGGCAAGAGGAAUACCUGGAUGUCUUCCACACAGAACUUGAGGCCUUUAAGCAGAGAGUAAAGGAGUACACUAUGAAAUCUAAACGAGAAAUCCCAAAGGAGACAGCGCACCAAAACACACCAGCAGGCUGUCGACUCGACCCCAAAAAGGUUUUGGAGUUUUUGCCACCAGAGCUGAAAACAUGCAUCCAGAUGCAAGAUAUGCAGAUUCUCCAGAAUGUAACACAGGUGCAUUGUGCUCACAUUAGAACAUGUCAACUCACUUCCACAUACAUAAGAUCUAACAUUACAGCUUUAGGGAAGUAUUGUGACAUGCUUCAGGGCCAGUUAGUGGUGAAACGCAUUGCACAUUUGUCAGUUGUUUUGAGGUUUUGAACAGGAAGAACGGAGGUCACUCUUCACAUGCUUGUAUCUAACAAUGGAGAGCACACACUGAAACUGACGUACACAGACAGAGCCAGAUGAGAACCAGAGAACGUGACAGGAAGGAUUAUGUAACAGCCAUAAUCUGCAAUAGCAGAGCAUUAUUUAGAAUGCAGACUGAUCUAUAAUCCCUCUCCCUACAGAUCUGUAUGUGAAUGGAUGUGCAGAUUAUAGUGAAUGCAGCAGUUUAAUGAGGAAAAUGCACAUUGGUGGGUGUGCCAUUACUGAGAAAUAAACUCCACCAGCCCUCUAGUGCCGUGUAGAAACAGCAUCACGCAAAAACAGAAGUUUGUAGUUGCUGAUGUCAUAAAAAUACGCUAUCCGCAGUCUGCAUUAAUUCAUUUAUUCUGCUAGUGUUGGCAUCCAACGGGUACAGUGUGUCAGAUACCUUCUGAUCUCUGUGCUACAACUGUCUUUUGCUGUAAUCAACACAUUUCCUCUCUCACUCAUUACAGGUGGAAGAAUAUCAUGUAAAACUAUGGACAAAUACACCCAGAGCCUCUAAAGAGGAGAGUUCAGCAACAGACGAGUGGAGAAUGAUGGAAACCUAACAGUGACGAGGCGCUCACAAUCAGUCCAUGAAGCUUCAAUAGGAUCAGGGAAUGGGUCAGAGCACAGGAAGACAAAGGCCUCAACUCAAAGACUUUUGUUUUGUAAAUGUGCCUGAAUUUGUGCUGCACUUUAAUUUAGUUUAAAAGUGAAUGUUUAUAUAAUAUAUAUAUAUAAAUAUAUAAUAUAGUACGAGGAACUGUAUUUUAAGCCACCAUUUUUUUGUUACAUUUCUGUUGCUGAAUUUCUCUGUUUUAGCAGUUUAGAAAGUCAUACACGCUCUAAGCAGAAGCGCAAAGGGGAACCUCAUAAAUAUUGGUGCAGUUUAAUAAUAUUUUGUGUUUGUUUUGGUUUUAAUUCUCCAAGAUCAGCGAUGUUUGAGAAGUGUUCUCCCACGAAGAGAGCGUAAACCCAUUUUUCGUUUGAACAUUUUGUCAAACGGCAGUUUUUAUACUGAUUCUGAUCUAUAACGUCCACUGAACGUUCAACUCUAGCUGCUAUCUGGAAACUGUUUCGUGUGUCACACAUGCAUGGAUGCAGUAGAUUACAGUCGGCUUCCCGCAGAUAGACCAUCAACACUGAAGAGAAGGAGGACCACCCACUUUGCUCGCAUUCUCAUAGAAGCAUUUGGAAGCGUUUUAUGGCGGCUAUAAGAACUUUGUAAGAAAUUAUUUGCAGAUCCUUUGAAAAUGCGGCGCAAUAACUCCCAGGAUUUGGAAAACAGCAAUAUUUAAAGGAAAAGUUCUCACCCUUUACCCUCAUAUUAUUCCAAACUUCUAUGACUUUGUCCUGUGGAACUAUUCUAAGUGCUUUGAAGCCUCACUGAAGCCUUGUAUGAGGAACAGACUGAAAUUUAAGUCAUGAUUCACUGAAAAUCUUCCCAUCCGUCGCAGCUCUCAAUUCUCAUUUGCACUUCUGCACAUUCAAGUUUUGCACAUCAAGACAUGUCGCACCAUGAUGCCGAACGUCAAUGGUUUUUUAAGUCUCAUAACCGAAAGUGCUGCUGCAUGUCUGAAAAUGUAGAAGGACAAAUAAGAUUUGAGAGCUGUUGCGGAGAUGAGAACUUUGAUCUGUUGCUGUCAAAUAGCUUCUAAAGACUUGGAUUAUAGUGCUCCUAUAGACUUCUAUUUCAAAAUGUUGCUUUUGUGUCCUUUGAGCUUUCAUUGAAUGUGUGGCAUUUUUUGAGUAAUUGAUGACAGAAUUUUACCUUUAAGUUGAACUAUUCCUUUAAAUUUCCUUCAGUUACACUGAAAAAGACUGAACACACAUUCACUAGAUCAAUAUGCCAUUUUUAGCUCAUUGAGGCUGUUUGUGUGGAUUGUUACUGUACACAGAGCAUAUACAGCAAACCCACAAAUGAUGUACAACUGCAAACGAUGGGUUAAUAAUAUUGUGAAAGUUUUGCAAUCAGAACAAUAUCCUAAACCAAUAGCUGUGAACUGCAUGAAAUAUUUUAUUUAUAAUGCAUGUUUAGAUUUCACUUGUUGAUCAAGCUAUUUAAUACAUUUUAAUUUCAGGAGUUCACAUGUUAAAGGAAUAGUUCACCCAAAAACAAAAGUUCUCUCUUCAUUUACUCACAUUCAUGCCAUCCUAGAUGUGACUUUUGUUUCCUUCUGCUGAACACAAACAAAGAUAUUUAGGAAAUUAUUUCGGGUCUGUAGGUCCAUAUAAAUGCAAGUGAAAGGUGACCAAAACUAUUAAGCUCCUAAAAGCACAUAAAGGCAGCAUAAAUGAAUUAAUACAAAGCAGAUGUUAAAUGUCUUCAGAAGUGAUAUGAUCGUGUGGGUGAGAAACAGAUAAAUAUUUAAGUAAUUUUCUAUUAUAAAUCUCCAUUUUACCUUCCACAUUCUUCGUUUUGUUUUUGGUAAUUCAAAUUAUUUGUGCAUAUUGUCACCUUCUGUUCUGGCUAAAAGUGGAGAGUAAUUGUAAAAUAAAAAGGCUUAAAUAUUGAUUUGUAGCUCACCCAAACUUAUAUCACUUCAGAAGACAUUGACUGUUUAGUCAUGGGGUUUUAUGGAUUGCUUUUAUGCUACCUUUAUGUGCUUUUUGGAGCUUCAAAGUUCUGGCCACCUUACACUUCCAUUGUAUGGACCUACAGAGCUGAAAUAUUUUCCUAAAAAUCUUUGAACUGUGUUCAGUGGAAGAAAAUCACACACAUCUGGGAUUAAAUGAGUUCUGAGACCUUUCAUUUUUGGGUGAACUAUUCUUUUACUGUAAUCCUUGAGGUGAAGGUAAAAUUUAGCUCGCUGUCCAUAAUGGAGGGCAUCAGCUCGAGACUUGACCCGAACUCUUAUUACCCCUCUGUAUUUACUUAAAUUUAGUUUAGUAAUAACUAGGCAUAAGGUGGAGUCUGAGUGUUGCUGGAUGAAUAGACGUAGGAGUGAGGCAAGCAGCAGUUUAUAUACAGUUAUGUUUACUAAACCGUAGUGAUUGGUCAGAUGUCAAGCUAAUUAAUUUUGUGUUUCUAGUAGCCUACGUGGUUAUUAGUAAGUAUUCCAAUAGUGUUUAGUUUCUUUUGAACUUUUACUAGUACAUUUUCAUUAGAUACUAGUACUUGUUCAUUGGUAACUAAUACUUAUUAAAAUAGACAGUGUCCAUUUAAUAGUCUCUCUCUCUCUCUCUCUCUCUCUCUCUCUCUCUCUAUAUAUACUAUUGUUACCUUCUUAAUUUUGCCAUGGGGAACUGUGAUUCAACUAUUUCCUGACUAUUUUCCAGUAGUGACGAGUAUACUUUUUAACUUUACUAGUAACUGUUCAUUGUGAAGUGCUUACUCAACUGGUGACUAGUAUUUAUUUUAGUUUUACUAUUACUUAUUUAUUAGACACUAGUUUCUAUUCCAAUUGUUACUAGUGACAUUUAAAAUUUUACUGGUAAGGUUUUUUUAUUGAACUAUAAAAUAAAUAUUCUGACUAGUCAUUACAUUUGACAAGCAAAACCCAAUUGUAACUAGUGACUAGUGCAAAUUAAUAAAAUAUACUAGUCGAUAUUGGGAUACUUACUAAUAAAUGUUUGACUAAUAACAUAAAAAUAGGUACAAGUACGUUUUAGGGAAUAAAUAUGAAAGUGCUUGCCAUAAACAUGCUCCUCCUAAACCUUUAUUUAGAGCUCGAUUUCAAAGAGGUGAAAAGAUCACCACUGACUACAUUGCAAAUAUGCAACAGUGGUCACUGUUUGUCUUGGGGAGGGGCUUUUUCUUGAUUGACAGUGUGGGGUUAGUGGGUUGUUCAAUGUAGACUGUAAAUACUAAUAGUAAUCUUAAAUUGUAAAAGAAGUUUACUCAACUUGAGCUUAAGUUUUUACUAUUCUUACUAGUUUUAAUUAAGUUACCGUUAGACUCUAAUCCUAAAGUUGCCAUUAAUGAAACAUUUAAGUGGUCCUAAUUAAACAGUAUUUGAAAUGUCACGUUUUGGAAUUAAACUCAAUUAUUUACAUUCUUCAAAUUUUGGCAUCAAGUACUGCUAUCUCAAAACAAGCAAACUCUAGUAGAAAAAGAAUACGUUUUGUUUAAAAAUGUAUAGUGUUUUAAUUCUUAUGACUAUUGCUGUUGUUUUGUUGUAGCUGGUUGAUAAUUGAUAUUAUUGUGAAAUCACCAUUAGGGUGACUAGUGUUACCUCUGGUAAGAUUGGAGCCUGUUAAGUUUAAGCCAUUACUCAAAUGUAUUUUUAGAAAGUCCACAUUUAUGUGCACUAAUAAGUACUAAGUAGAAUUAAAUGUGCCAUAUGAGUCAUCUGGAAUUCAGUCAUGAAUUCAUUACGCCGUGUAAUACAUGUUAUAACCCAAUUUAAAUAAUGUAAUCAACACACCAAUAAUCACAGAUGAGAUAAGUUUACUUGUGACUAGUUAACGUUACUUAAACAAUUAAGUUAACUUUACUUGAGCCAAAUAAGUAUGCUUACUUAGAAAACGCUUGUAAACCGAAUGCCUUGUAAAAGUAAGGUCGCCUAAUUCGAUUUGACAGUGUAUGUGCUUUUGUCAGCAUGUUCACUUGUUGCGAGCAGCAGUCAUAAAAUGUAACAAUCUAAAGUUAAUAUAUACAAAAGUGUU